AUGCACAAUGGGGUUAAGGAUACACUGACGGAGUUUCGCUCCAAGUUCUGGUUAGUGAAGGGAAGACAGACAGUAAACAAACUUCUGUGUGACUGUGUGACGUGUCGGAAAUACGAGGGAAAGGCGUUCAAACCACCGCCACCACCCCCUUUCCCUGAUUUUAGGGUGACAACAGCACCAGCCUUUACGUAUAUUGAAUUGGAUUACGCAGGUCCAUUGUAUGUCAAGGAAACUAAGGGGAAAACCGAGAAGAAGAUAACAGAGCUGAUGAGAAAUCCAGAAGUAAAGUGGUACCCUGCAGAGAAAAGAGUCAAAUGGAUCUUUAAUCUUGAGAGAGCCCCUUGGUGGGGAGGCCUAUUUGAGAGAAUGGUAAGGUCCGUGAAACGGUGCCUGAAGAAAACGAUUGGUGGUGCAAGGCUCGCAUGUGAAGAAUUGAUGACCGUCAUUGCUGAAGUGGAAAUGAUUCUCAAUUCAAGACCACUUUCUUAUGUAUCUUCCUCCGAAGAAGAUGAGCCAUUUACACCAUCGCACCUGCUUCACAGAAGACGGUUAUUGAGCCUGCCUGAUCACAGGUUCACUGCAGACUUGUCAGAUCUUGAUGUUGAACUUUCACCCACUGACCUAAGUAAGAGAGCGAACCAUCUUAGCAAUCUGAUGAAUCAUUUCUGGCAUAGGUGGAAGAAUGAAUACUUGAUAGAGCUCUGUGAUUCACAUCGGCACCCUGGCAAGAGUUCUAAUUCAACAUCAAUAGAAGUUGAUGUUGUUGUUGUGCAGGAUGAAGAGCGACCUCGUGGAUUCUGGAGACUGGCAAGAGUCGAAGGUCUGAUAACUGGAGCAGAUGGUUUUGUCAGAGGCGCAACUUACAAAACCCGCAGAUCCUCUACCUUGAGACGUCCGAUUCAAUUGAUGUAUCCGCUGGAGAUAAGAAACGAAGGUAAAUCUGUUGCCUCGGACGAUCAGGGAAGUCCUGCACUGAACCAUUAUAGUGAGGGCUUUCAACAACCACUUCAAUCAAGGAGAAACCCCAGGAGAGCAGCCGCAGCAGAGGCAGAGAGAGGGAGAAGAACGUGGGUUGAAGAACUUGUUUGA